AUGGCAGCAUCAGUUGCCCUUGAGCUCACACAAAGCCUCCUCACCAACGGAGCUCGAGCUGCCGCAAUCCUCCUUCUCCAAGCAUGUUACUGGGUGGCCAUUCCGCAGCUCUCAAAAGACAUACCCGGCGAGCCUCCGAGCAUGCAUGGCGGCGACCACGACGUCUCGCUCCUUCUGUACCGCAGCAACGCAAAGACGCACCAGCUCGAAGAGUUCCAACAGCUCAGUGUGCCCGGCGGCGAGGAUGCGGAGUUCUUCACUGUGGAAGAUCGCGUCUUUCUUGCGACUGCGAGUGUAGGAUCCGGGAAGGGUGAGAGCGCCAGUUUCGACGUCGAAUCUUGCAUCUUCGAGUGGAACGGCCAGCAGAUGGAGAAGUUUCAAUGCAUGCCCACUUCCGGGGCGAAGCAAUGGCGUGGUUUUGAAGUCGCAGGGCGCCACUUCCUUGCUCUAGCUCAGGGUCUCGAAGAUAUUCCCGGGGUAGACGUACCAAAGAGGAACUCGACCAUCUACGAGUGGGAUGGUGAUAGGUUCCAGCCAUUUCAAGUCCUCUCAUCCCAGCUCGGAUACAAUUGGCUCAGGUUUUCCAUCGACGACCGCGAAUUCCUAGCUUAUGCCGACCAUGUCGAGCCGUCCCGUGUGAUGGAAUGGGAUGGAGAGAGAUUCGUCAAUUUCCAGGCCCUCAAUGGCGGGGGUGGUCGAGCUUUCAGCUUUUAUCAACGCAACCAUCAAACAUAUCUGGCCUUUGCACGCAUUGAUUCCGAUAGCGUGGUUUACCAGUGGGACGGAAAUCGCUUUCGAGAAUUCCAGACUCUCCCUGGGACAGGCGGAAGAGAACUUACUACGAUCGACGACGGAACCUCCUUGUACCUCGCCCGAGUCAACUUCAUCCGUGGGGAUCGCCAAAACGCUGUAACCGCCCUCAAUUCAACCAUCUACCGUAUCGACGAUGAUGGCAGUGUUCACAGCGCAGUCGAGUUUCCUACAUUUGGCGGCACCGAUAUCAAAACUCUCAAGAACAAGGGCGAAACGCACCUGAUUGUAACGAACAGUCUUACCCAGGACAUACGCUUCCGACAGGAUUCUCAUGUGUAUCGCUUU